UUCUUCUUCUGCUGGUGGAAAGCCCUAAUUACUGCGAUUGCUGAUGGACCUUGGAAAGAAGGCUGCACUGGUGCCCCGCUCCGCAGUCGGACACGCUCGGUUUGCGCCGGACAGGGCGGCCGCUCGCCCGCCGCCCCCCGCCAGCUCCGCGGGCCCCCGCGCUCCCCCGGCCGCGGCUCGGGACGCUACCGCCCGGCUCCUGCGAGCCAGGAUUUUACUCUCGUCUCGCCGUUUCUCCUCCUGCUCCGCUUGGAUUACUUGGCUGCUCCCGCUCGGUGAUCCCGCGCGAUGGAGAAAUCCAGUGCAGUAUUAAUCCACGGAGGUGCUGUGGGGACAGUUGGCAGUACAAUGGCUUCUCAGUACCUCGUAGUGGCUCUGGCCGUUUUCUCCUCUUUUACCCAGGUUGUAAUAGAAGCCAGCUCUUGGUGGUCUUUAGGGAUGAACCCCAUGAACCCCAUGAACCCUGUUCAGAUGUCAGAGGUGUAUAUUAUAGGAGCCCAGCCACUAUGUAGCCAGCUAGCAGGGCUUUCCCAAGGACAGAAGAAACUCUGCCAGUUGUAUCAGGACCAUAUGCAGUUCAUUGGAGAGGGUGCAAAGACGGGCAUUAAGGAGUGCCAGUAUCAAUUCAGACAUAGAAGAUGGAAUUGCAGCACUGUGGACAACAACUCUGUUUUUGGCAGAGUCAUGCAGAUAGGCAGCCGGGAGACGGCGUUCACCUACGCGGUGAGCGCGGCCGGCGUGGUCAACGCCAUGAGCCGCGCCUGCCGGGAGGGCGAGCUGUCCUCCUGCGGCUGCAGCCGCGCCGCGCGCCCCAAGGACCUGCCCCGGGACUGGCUGUGGGGCGGCUGCGGGGACAACAUCGAGUACGGAUAUCGCUUCGCCAAGGAGUUCGUGGACGCGCGCGAGCGCGAGCGAGUCUACCAGCGAGGCUCCUACGAGAGCGCCCGCAUCCUGAUGAACCUGCACAACAACGAGGCCGGCAGAAGAACGGUGUACAACCUGGCUGACGUGGCCUGUAAGUGCCACGGCGUCUCCGGCUCCUGCAGCCUGAAGACCUGCUGGCUGCAGCUCGCCGACUUCCGCAAGGUGGGCGAUGCCCUGAAGGAGAAAUACGACAGCGCCGCCGCCAUGAAGCUCAACAGCCGGGGGAAGCUGGUGCAGGUGAACAGCCGCUUCAACGCCCCCACCAUCCACGACCUGGUGUACAUCGACCCCAGCCCCGACUACUGCGUGCGCAACGAGAGCACCGGCUCCCUGGGCACCCAGGGCCGCCUGUGCAAUAAGACCUCGGAGGGCAUGGACGGCUGUGAACUCAUGUGCUGCGGCCGGGGCUACGACCAGUUCAAGACGGUGCAGCGAGAGCGCUGCCACUGCAAGUUCCACUGGUGCUGCUACGUGAAAUGCAAGUUGUGCACAGAGAUCGUGGACCAGUUUGUGUGCAAAUAGGGCACGGACGAGGUGGGAGGAACUGCAGCCGCCUGCCAGCAAGGGGUGCAGGCCCCUCUCCCUUACCGCAGGACUAUCUCCACUUUAUUUAUAGAGUCCAAGGAGUUUUUGUCUUCUCUUAA